GCGUGUCAGUGCAGUCGACUUACAGCUGGCUGUGAGGAGAACUGACGCUACUCUUUUUGUUUGCUGUAUAUCACCGCGAUACAUUUACACAUAUUUCAAAAAAAGUGUCCUACAACUCGUUGUCUCUCUUUGUGGGUUUCUUAUAUUAAAGUUUUUUUUUAAAGAAAUCUAAAGUUGGAGGCUGGGCCUUUAGCUUGUUGACCGUAGCUUGAGAGGAGAAGAAAAAAGCUGGUCUUUUUGUGGUAAAAACGCGAUAAAUGCUACUAACGAAAAUGGACCUGUUGAACUACCAGUACCUGGACAAAAUGAACAACAACAUCGGCAUUCUCUGCUACGAAGGUGAAGCAGCUCUGAGGGGCGACCCCAGACUCCAGUCCCUGUCUCUGUCCUCCUCAUCAUCCUCCUCCUCAUCAUCGUCGUCCUCCUCUUCUUCCUCUUGCAUCUCCAACCACAGGACAGGUCCUCCUCCCAUCAGCCCCACCAAGAGGAAGCUGAGCGGGGACCAGGGCGACAGCGACAUGGACGACAACGAGCAUGUGGCCAAGAUGAGCCGCCUGUUUGCUUCGCAGCUGAAACCUAAUGGAGACUACCGCAGCUCCCCCAUCUCCAAGGACCAGAGCCGGAGCCCCAUCGAGCGUGUGAUGGUGCCAGCCGCUCUGGGAGUCCAUGGCAACCACCUUUACAGCCAUGCCCACCACCACCACCACCACCACCAUCACCACCUGGCCAGCUUAGUGGGGAUGGACCAGCCGCUGGCGCUCACCAAAAACAGCAUGGUGGAGUCUGCACGCAGCAGCACAGCAGCUAUGGCCACAGUGCCGCACGCAGUCAGCGCCGUGGAACGCCAGCAGAACCGUCCUUCAGUGAUCACAUGCGCCCCAGCCAACAACCGCAACUGCAACCUGUCUCACUGUCCAGUCUCCCACAAUGGCUGCUCAAGCCUGGCUAACAACUACAGAAGGAUCAACACCAAUACAGCCUGCGACCCGGUGAUUGAGGAGCACUUCCGCCGCAGUCUCGGUAAGAACUACAAAGAGCCCGAGCCCACCGCCUCCAACUCUGUGUCCAUCACCGGCUCGGUGGACGACCACUUCGCCAAGGCGCUGGGCGAGACCUGGCAUCAGAUUAAAAACAAGGGGAGCCCGUCAUCGUCCGGCAGCAGCCCAAACUCCUCCCCUGACAGCCACAUGGUCAAUCACAACCACUCCCCUUCUGUGGUCUCCUGAAGGAGGCGGGGUUUCAGAGGGAUUGGCCCUUUUCUCCCCCAAUCAUCCCGGCUCCAGCACCCACGCCCUUGUCACUUUGUUCUGUCACCAGCAUCCCAGAGGGAAUGCCUGCCUGCUGGUCUGCUAAAAAACAUCUGAAAAACCCUCAAACUUGCUCUUUCUCUCUCUAUGCACUCAUAGAGGAUCAAUCAAGCAAUAACAAAACAGCCGUUCCCCCCACCCCUCCCCACUUCUGGUGGUAACGCCAGACAAUAAUCAGUAAUCAGUGAUGAGGUUGGACUUUGGGACUCGACCGGAGCUUCAAGCAGCUCCGUCCAAUCAUUCAUCCUCCCUGCAUGUCGAGCUUGGAGCUGAGCAAAGUGUCUGUAGUUUUAUGUACAUAAAGAGAGAAGAAAGGCGAUGUUUUAAUUAUUAAUUUUCUUCUUUAUUCUGUUUGUUUGUGUCUUUAACAGUAGUUUUGUGUACUGCUUUUGUGUUAUGAGAUGCCCGACUUUUGGAAGAAGAUAAGUGAGAAACACUUUGGAGAAAAGUAAUCACAAACCAGCCCACUGUGCUACCAAAGAAACCUCACACACUGAUGUUUAUGAGCGCCCACCUCGAAAACAAAACAACAAAAAGCCAUCUUGUGAUCCCCCUCGGUUUUAUAUCUCUUUUCAUUCACUCCCUCUCCCUCUCUCCCUCUGCCCUGAGUGUGUUUUGCUGGUGUUGUUAUUGUAUGAUGACUUAGCUGAUCGAUUUAGUUUGCACUGCUGCCAGAGGGGGUGAACAUAUUGACGUUUUAAUCUGGGACUGAUUUGACACAGUCUGCUGUAAUUAAUGAGUUCUCAACAACUGUUUUCUCUGAAAACUAGUUGGAGAAUAAUUUCACCCUGGGCCUGGCACAACAGGUCAAGCAGCAUUAUUAUGCUUUUGUUUUAUGGAAAAUGCAAAGUAGUGGGGUUAGGCAGCAUAAAAUGUAAGACAAGUGCAAAGUAACACAAAUGUGGGUACACCACGUUCCAAUAUAAAGUCAAUUUGGUCACAUCACAGCAUGUUUAGUGUAGCUGUUAACUACAAACACAAGCUUGCACGGUAAGAGAUGUUAAGCAAAACAUUAUCAGGUGUUAACGGCUUCUCGCUAAGUAAUGGUAAUGGUGCCAAAUUGUUGCAAGCACAGGCAUGUUAUCGGACCAGUUAACUACAGUGUGGAUGGACAUCCCAGCUCCAGGCUGGAAACACAGCUGUCCCAGCUUCAGUGUGUAUCUGAACAAUGAGCUUUGAUGUGUUUCACCGGCUUAACUGCUGACAGUGAGGAGGGGAUAGAUGACACUGCAUGUCACUUUGUGGUCGGCGGGAAAAAAAGUCUGGUUUCUGGACCGGGGGGAGAGAAGAUUAUUUAGAUCUCUUCACACACACCUUUGUUUUUGUGUCUCUUUGAACAUGGGUGUUGUAAUUACAUUUGAGUUGCGCCCUGCUACCCCUCCCUCCCCCUCCUACACACUGUGGUUUGGUCUAUUUCUACAAAGGUUUGAAGGGUAAACUAAUGCUUUUUACGGAUGCAUGUUUUUUAUUGUUUUGUUUUUUAAUAGCUGGUAUCUAUUAAUGUUUUAAGCCGCAUUUCAAUCCUAACUACUAUUAGCCUUUUCAUUCGGACGUUAAUUGUUACUUCUUUCGAUGUCAGUAACAGGACAUAGACACUAUACACUCACUGCUGGGUCAGUCGUACUCCAUAUUAUUAUCGUUAUUGUUAUUAUGACAAUUUUGUAUUUUUUGUUUUCCAUUAAUAUCAGUAUGGUAACAAACAUCUAUAGCGGGACAGCCUCCGGACAGGCUCUGUGUCAAGAUGAGAGCUGCGCAUCCCGAAAACUUCUCAGCGCUGCUAUCUAUCAGCUCGCUCUCGCAGCAGAGCGGCGAUCAGCCUGGUGCUUAGACGGCUUUCGGGAUACGCAGCCCACAAAAGUUUUCUUAAGAUGUUGAUCCAUCGGUGGUACAGGAUGCUACAACCUUCAGCAUGAUGAAUCUGAGACACCAAGUUAGCAAAGAAUAGUCAACAAGGCCUGGUUUCCCUGAAAAGCAUCUACAGCCUGAGAUAAAAUGGUCUAUACUCUCAUGAGCAUGUGUGGCUGUCGUCUUAAAAUCACCACCUCGGUACCAGCCUUAACACACAUUAUUGCUGCAUCACUAAAAGUACUUAAUACAGAAUAGUCUAGCAAGCGAUGAUGCCUUCCAGUAACAGGGUAUACUUCAUAUUAAAUGCUUGUUAAUGUUUAAGAGCUCAUCAGUUGACUCCUUUCUGUCCUGACUUGGUGUCCAGACCUUUUUUUAAUUCAAUGCUUUCAUUUUUGAACAACCUUGUAUUGUAUCUGCAGUUAAGCUAGACUGCUGCAGUUGAGAAAAUGCAUUUAACUGUUUCAGGAGCCUGCGCCAAGGUGGCAUACAUUCCUCCUAUAGGGAACUUAGUACAGGCCUCAGUAUCUCCAUAUCACCGGACAGAGCUCAUAACAGCCACGGCCUACUGUCCCAGAAUGCCCUGCCAACAGGGUGUCUGAGACUUAGCCGGAAUUACAAAUGAUGUGAUACUAAAAGGUUGUUCUACAAAAACAGACAACCUUUUUGAGAACAUUGGGAGCACAGAAUAUAAAGAAAGAGGCAGCAACAAAAGACAGUGAUGAGAGUCAUACUGCAGCAAGAGUACAGAAUGUUUUCAUGUUUCUGAGCUGAGGCUGGAAGGUGACGAGGUUCAUAUGUGUUUGUGAUGGAUGUAGUCGUCCUCAUACUUUAUAAUAAUGACCGAAACCACCGUUAUCUACGCUUUCUCCCAUGUUCUAGAGUGACCACACAUUCCAUCCUUGAAUGAAAUAAACUGACGAUGACAGUUGGAGGAUCAGAUUCAGAUUUACAGCACGUUCGAUCAGAAUGAGACUCCCAGAGAAAUCUUUUCCAGAACAAAUAAGUACUCUUGGUCUAAAUGUGCUUUAGGAGCUGAGCUUCUGUAUGCACGACCUGUGAGCCGGGAAAUGUUCAGCUGCCACUGAUGGUGUGUUGACGGUCUCACAGUGAUCCCCCUCCCCCCGUUCAGAUUCAGCAGAUUUAUAUUUGAUGUAGAAAGCAACAUGUGAGAAAACACGAGGGAAAAGGGCUCAGUGUCCAGAGGAUUUUGUUUUUCAAUUUUUCUUUCUCAUUAUUAUUUCACUUCCACCCUGUAGGUAGGAGGCUCUCUCUUUGCUUCGGCACACACUCCCUACACACUGUAGGAAAAUCACUUAAUAAAAAAUACUUUUUUUAUAAUAGGUAACUAUAAGACCAUCAUUACGCUGUGCGUAAGGAAUGUACAGAGAAAAAAAUCGUAGGUAUUUUUUGAGGAACAAUUAAUUUGUUAAUGAUAUGUAGCUAUUUAAUUGUUGUUUUUUUCCUGUCCUUAUAUUGUAAUCAUUGCAUUUUCUUUUUUGUGAAAAAAGUUGAUCUUUUUUGUUUGUAGAGUUUGUCUUGUUAGAGUAAAGGUUCAAGUGCAGGAACACAGUAAACAUAUGAAACCACAAUAAGGCCACUGGUGUUGGGGACAAUCGCUACUUCCAUUGGUCCCUAAUGUCCUGCAAUCAUUUAGCUUGUGUUCGAUCAUGUGACUCCCAAGACAUCCGAACAAAAGAGAGUGUCCUUUUAGAGGCCUAUCGAGCAACUCAAAAGUUUUGCAUUUAUUGAACAUAACUCUGCCACUAGCCCAGCGAGCCUUGAAGGCCAUUUUCAUUUUACUAUUAAAAAUAAGAAAACAACAACAUUGUGAUGGGCUAGAAGGCGAGGAGGGUUACCACAUAGCUUGUAAGGGUUAUAAAUGUUGGGUUUUGAAGGUAUUUUUAAGACUUUUUUUAGAUCUUCAGAUGGGAACUGAGCUACAAAUAAAAGCCAUCAGUUUAUUUAACAACACAGAUUGGUGUUUCACUGAAAUCUAAAUUCUAAACCUGAACUGAUGAAAAUCCUGACUGCAUUUUCAUUCUUUUUUUUGUGCUCAAGUUCAUCGUCUGCAUGUCUGUAAAGCAGAAAAUACACUGUUUCAUCACCCUUGUAUCUGAUGUGACAUUUCCCAUCUGUGGAGGCCAUUUUGCAUCUGUAAUCAAGUAAACAACAUGACAAUUGUGCAGAUAAAUCAAAGAGGAGUUGGUCUUUACUUUGACUGUACCACAUUUUCCUGGUCCUUUUUGAAGUGGAAGUAGCAUGUACUUAGUGGUAGUAAUACUCUGAACUGUAAAAAAAAAAAUGGUAUCAAGUAAACUACAGUCAAUUUGUGGCUCUGUGUCUCCUACUAAAAAGGUUUUGGCAGGCCACCUUUUUUGUACGUAAAGUAGCCUUGAUGAACAAUAAAGUGCUUUUAAACCAC